CUUUAUGCAUUUAUUAAUCUCUGCUUCUUUCUUCCUUGCUAAUUAAUCCUGCUGAAGCAUGCUGUAUUAGUUCGGAGGCUUAUGGGAGUGAGGUGUUGGUUUUGGUUAAUUACAUCUGCCUUUGCAAUGCACUCGCUCUCUGCUCUGUUAUCUGCUCCCUAGGCUCAUGCCCCUGUUCAAAACACUAAUUGAAUGGCUGCUUUAUUGGAUUCCUCCAUGCCCAGAUUACCCUGUAUUGCUCUAUUCUUCAUGGCUUCCUUGCAGCUUUCAUAUCAUAGAGAAUAUUCUCUAGAGUUAAUUUUCUAUAAUUUUUGAAGGAAGCUAUAAUAUGGAGUAUCCUGAUAACCAUCUGAGACAUAUCUAGUGUAAAGGUGACAGACCUGUAAAGGUUUUGAACUGUGCUGGUUUGCCCCUGUUACUAGCUUUUGUGAUCUAAGCGUUUGCCAUCCUUUAGUGUGCUACAUUAGUUAGUGUGCUUGCUGAAGAAAAUAACUCAGCAGGGUAGAGCAGUGAGUUCUGCUUCCUCUUUUCUGUGUGCAAAAGAGGAGAUACAGUUGAUGAAUUUCUAGAAUAUCUGCAUAACUAUCAGAAGCAGAAAUGAAAUUAGAAAUGCAGAAUUAUUCAAAGAGUCUUGCUCUGGUGAAGGUUUUGUACUGCAGAUGGGUUUAUUUCAUCCUACACUUACAGUUAUGUGAAUAUUACAGAAGUAAACGUGUUUCGAGUCAGGACUGUUAAAAGUUUCCUUUCAUUAUGCUCUUAAUACCUGCAUGGUAGGGAAAUUUCAUUAAUUCUUAGAAUUGUAUAAUCUAUCUGAGAAAACCCUGUUCUUUCUACUUCCUGAGGUAGGAAUUAUUAAGGAAUUAGCAUUUCAUGUGAGAUUCCCCAGCUUGAAGAUUAUGUAUGUUUGAAACUCUGUUUUGAGGAAGUUAACCAAAUAUUCAGAGGACUUCUGCUGGUUCUUCGCUUGGAGAUUAAUAUCAUGCACAAAAGCUGGACUCACCACUGAGACAUAUUGAACAGAAAACAAGGAUAUGCUUCUGCGUAAAAAACCAAGAUAAACCUGGAAAGCAUAAUGGGACCACUUACAAAUAUCUAUGUCUUUGCAUUCACGCUAUGGAAUAAUAUCCAUCUGAGUGUGGAAAAUGAAUUUAUUGCAAAUUAUUCAAGCAGUUUGCUAACUAAUGUCCCAGAAAACAUUCCAGUCCAUACUCAUGUAUUAGAUUUAUCACAUAACAGGAUCUCUGGACUUAAUAUCUCAGAAUUUAUUUCUCUUUCUGAUCUUCAGGUAUUAAAUCUUUCUUAUAAUCUAAUUACAGAGCUUAACUUUAGUGUCUUCGUUUUUAAUGAAGAUUUAGAAUACUUAGAUUUAUCUCAUAAUAACAUUUUGAAAAUUUACUGUCAAACUCUUGUGUAUCUUAAACAUUUAGAUCUAUCUUUCAAUAAGUUCACUGCCCUGCCCAUCUGUCAGGAAUUCGGGAACAUAGUUUGUUUGGAGUACCUAGGAUUAAGUGCCACGAUGAUACAAAGGUCAGACUUCAGGUAUAUAACGCAUUUGCAGCUGCACACUGUCUUUCUGACUUUAGAAGACUUUUCCCUGUAUGAGCCUCAGAGUCUGACAGCCUUGAAUACAAGGAGCCUCCACAUUGUUUUUGCAGCAAACCGAAACUUCAGUUUUCCCCUAUUGUAUGAUGGAAUGAGCGCUUCAGAAAAUUUAAAAAUAGUUAAUUUAAGAUAUACCCUGAGCUAUAAAGAUUUCCCCUCUCCUUCUUUAGCGCUUCUGAAGAAAAUCAAGACAACAGCUCUCAUGCUUGACACUGUGGAUUUACAGUGUUCUAUAAUUUUGCAGAUUUUCCUGCUUAUUUGGUAUUCACCUGUGGAGCAUUUGACUGUGAGAAAUUUGACUUUUCGGGGACCACUGGGGGAGCUGAAUGAAUAUGACUUUCUACCCUUAUUGAGCUCUGCGGAACAAUUAUUCUCUUUGGGUGGCUCCAUGAAAACACUAACUUUGGAGCAUGUUCGUAAUAAGCUUUAUUAUUUCAACCAGGAGACACUAUACAGACAGUUUUCAGAGAUGAAUAUUGCCAGUUUGACAAUAUAUGAUGCAUAUAUGCCACACAUGCUUUGCCCCAAUAGAACAAGCUCAUUUCAGUAUUUAAAUUUUUCUCGCAAUGCCCUGACGGAUGAACUGUUCCAGAAUUGUGGCACUCUGACAGAUUUGAAAUUACUUAUUUUGCAGAGGAAUAAAUUUGAGAGCCUUCCCAAGGUUAGCUUCAUGACCAGCCGUAUGAAAUCACUGAAAUACCUGGACAUGAGCAGCAACUUGCUGCGUCACGAGGGAGCUCACGUGCAAUGCCAAUGGGCUGAGUCUCUGACAGAGUUGGACCUGUCCUCAAAUCAGUUGACGGAUGCGGUGUUUGAGUGCUUGCCAGUCAACAUCGAAAAACUCAACCUCCAAAUCAAUCAGAUCAACAGUGUCCCCAAGGGGAUGGCCGAGCUGAAAGCCUUGAAAGAGCUGAACUUGGCAUCGAACCAUCUGGCUGACCUGCCGGGGUGCGGUGGCUUUACAUCCCUGGAGUUCCUGAACGUAGAGGUGAAUUUGAUCCUCACCCCGUCUGCUGACUUCUUCCAGAGCUGCCCAAGGGUGAGGGAGCUCCAAGCGGGGCAGAACCCAUUCAAGUGCUCGUGUGAACUGCGAGACUUUAUCCGUGGGGAGAGGCAGUCCGGGGGAAGGCUGUUUGGCUGGCCGGCGGCGUACGUGUGCGAGUACCCAGAGGACUUGCGAGGGACGCAGCUGAAGGACUUCCACCUGAGUGAGCUGGCUUGCAACACAGUGCUCCUGCUUGUGACAGCUCUGCUGCUGACGCUGGUGCUGGUGGCUGUCGUGGCCUUUCUGUGCAUCUACCUGGAUGUGCCGUGGUACGUGCGGAUGACGUGGCAGUGGACACAGACGAAGCGCAGAGCUUGGCACAACCACCCCGAAGAGCAGGAGACCGUUCUGCAGUUUCACGCCUUCAUUUCGUACAGCGAGCGCGACGCGCUGUGGGUGAAGGACGAGCUGAUCCCAAACCUGGAGAAGGGUGAGGGCUGUGUACAACUGUGCCAGCACGAGAGAAACUUUAUCCCUGGCAAGAGCAUUGUGGAGAACAUCAUUAACUGCAUUGAGAAGAGCUACAAGUCGAUCUUUGUGCUGUCUCCCAACUUCGUGCAGAGUGAGUGGUGUCACUAUGAGCUGUACUUUGCCCAUCACAAAUUGUUCAGCGAGAAUUCCAACAGCUUAAUCCUCAUUUUACUGGAGCCGAUCCCUCCGUGCAUAAUCCCUGCCAGGUAUCACAAGCUGAAGGCUCUCAUGGCAAAGCGAACCUACCUGGAGUGGCCAAAGGAGAGGAGCAAGCGUGCCCUUUUCUGGGCUAACCUGAGGGCAGCUAUUAACAUUAACCUGCCAAUAUCCUCUGAAACAGAUGAGGAGCAGAGUGAUGUUACCUCUACCAGUAGUAUAAGUCAGUAUGCGAAUAACUGACUUGACUGUCUUGCAUUAACUUGUGUUAAUGAAUUUUUUGUAGUUUUUUACAGUAUUCCUCUUUAGUAGGAAACAUAAUUGAGAUAGAUACAGAAGUUGCUAUUGCUUAUUCCUGGGUGAGAGUUGAAAGUCAGAGCCAUUAAUCCCUGUUUAAUGUUAUUCUUCCUUUCCUGUACUAAUCAUUCCCACUUACAUAGAUUUACCUAUGAAGUCAUGAUUUCAUAGAAUUCACUACUCAUUGUCUUCAAAAUAAUAAUAUCUGAACUAAUGAAAUGUUUAUAGUAGUAUAAUACUGCUGCUUUCUGCCAUGGUCAUAUCAAGCUACAUUAGGUGCUCAUUUUUCCUGUUUUCUAAAAGAUAGAAGCUUGAUGUUUGGAGAUGAAUCCGCUUUUACUUUCACUGAACUCUGUUGUCUUGCCCUUCCAGCCAUCAUGCAUUUGAGAAAGAAGUAGUUCUCAUUGGUAAAUAACUUCUCUGCUAAAAUCAAACUGAUUAAACUAAUGGUAUUUGUUGAUAGGAGACAUCUAAUAAUUUGCUCUGCUUGGAUUUAAUCUAAUAAACCUCUCAUUGUUUCUCUGUUA